UUCCGGUCUGUCCCGGGGCCCAGCGCGCAUCCGACGCCCGGAGCCUCCGGGACCCGGAUCGGGACCGCAGCCCAGCAGACCCCGAGCAUGACAGACAGGCUGAUGAGCAAGGCGGCCACCAUGGAGAUCCCCAUCCAUGGCAACGGUGACUCUCGGCGCCUGGCAGAGGAUGAUGGACUGGAGCAGGACCUUCAGCAGGUGAUGGUGUCGGGGCCCAACCUGAACGAGACCAGCAUCGUGUCUGGGGGCUACGGCGGCACCGCCGAGGGCAUCAUCCCCACCGGCAGCGCCCUCAAAGCGCCCCUGUCUGCCCUGCCUCGGGUCCCCUCCAUUUCAGGCCCUCUCGCUCCAUCUCACCCCCCCAGAAGACUGCUCAUCUCCCCCAGCCCGUUGGCUGCCAGCCGGAUAGCCAGCCAGGCUGCCGCUGCCUCAGGUUCCAAUGUGCGCCCGGCCCACCCUGACCUGGCUGCAGCAGGCGAUGAAGCGGCCACACGAGGGGUCGCCGUGGAGAAGUUCGACAUGGUCAAGAAAUGGGGCAUCAAUACGUACAAGUGCACGAAGCAGUUGCUGUCGGAACGCUUUGGGCGUGGAUCGCGGACUGUCGACCUGGAGCUGGAGACGCAGAUCGAGCUGCUGCGGGACACCAAGCAGAAGUACGAGGGGGUGCUAGGCUUGGCCCGCGCCCUCACCCACCACUUCUACAGCCUCGUCCAGACGCAGCACGCCCUCGCCGACGCCUUCUCUGACCUCAGCCAGAAGUCCCCCGAACUCCAGGAGGAGUUUGGGUACAAUGCGGAGACCCAGAAGCUGCUGUGCAAGAAUGGGGAGACCCUCCUGGGGGCCGUCAACUUCUUCGUCUCCAGCAUCAACACCCUGGUCAACAAGACCAUGGAGGACACCCUCAUGACCGUCAAGCAGUACGAGGCGGCCAGGCUGGAGUACGACGCCUACCGCACAGACCUGGAGGAGCUGAACCUGGGCCCCCGGGACGCCGGGACGCUCUGCCGCCUCGACGCUGCCCAGGCCAACUUCCAGGCCCACCGCGCCAAGUAUGAGAAGCUGCGGGCAGACGUGGCCGUCAAGCUGAAGUUCCUGGAGGAGAACAAGGUGAAAGUGAUGCACAAGCAGCUGCUACUCUUCCACAACGCCAUCUCGGCCUACUUUGCUGGCAACCAGCAGCAGCUGGAGCAGACGCUGAAGCAGUUCAACAUCAAGCUGAAGAGCCCCGGGGCCGACAAGCCCUCGUGGCUGGAGGAGCAGUGAACUCCCCCCCUCCUGCCAUGGACCUGGACUCUGAGCUGGAGCGGGAGGGGCGCCGCCUUCCGGAGCGGGGCAGAGUGCGGAGCGCCCGGGGGGCCCCCGCCAGCGGGAGCGGCGUCCCUCCUGCCCCCGCUGCUUUUUCUGAGGCCCCGAGGGGCAGCCCCUCCCUGUUCCAGGUGCGCUGGAGGCAGUGGGGCUUCUCCCCCUGCUGAUGGGCGUGCCCCCCCCUCCUCCUCCUCUUCCUCGCCAGGGGUCCAGCGGGGAAGCUCUCCUGUGCACUUUCACACACUCCAGCAUUGGGGGACGGGACGGAAGCACCUUCCGCCCCCUCCAUCCAAGGGUCUCUGACAUUUCUGAGGAGGCCUCGGUUUCUCCCCUUCUCCAGGGCGGAGGCGCCUGUCCGUCCCGGCCUCGCGCUCGCCGAUCCCCACGGGCUGGACUGAGGAGUGGGCCUCCUCCCGCCCAGCCCCGCCUGCUGCUCGGCCCUCUCUGUGGCCCUGCCCUGAAUGUCCAAGAAGGCAGCUGGGCCUCGAUGUGCUGCUAUGGGGGGUGGGGGGGGGGAAGAGGUGAAGGCCCACACUGGGGUGAGCCCUCAGAGCGAGGGCGGCCAAGGACCAAACCGCAGCCGUUGCGGGUCGGUGCGUGACUGAGUGAGUGCGUCCGUGUCAUGGCCAGUGUCCCUGUGUUGUGUUCCUGCGUGGGGCUGGGGCUGCGUGUGACAAAGGCGCCAGUCCUUCGCCCCCCACCUGGGUGAAGGGGCAGGAGGGGCUUCUGUCUGCUGGCUCCAGCCCUGACCAACUCUCCCCUCCCCACCGCCCCCGUCUGUAAAGAUUCCAGAAUAAACGGUACGAAACGGCACCUGGUUUGGUCCUGCUGCUGCAGCUGCCAGUUGAAGAUCUCAGCCACUUGCCCCCCCACCCCCAGUGUCGUUCCGCUGGCCCCACGGGGGGCUUUGGUUCUCCCCCCUUACACCUGCAGGCCCAGCGAGGGGGGUGCCUGCUUCCAGUAGCCCCAGGCUGGGCUGCCUUCCUGCCCCCUCUGCUUGAAGUGGGCGGGGGGGCCACGAGCGUGGCUCUCUAAUCAGUGGCUGGAGAAUGGCCCAGGCCACGUGGGGGGAGCCUCCGCAGUGAGGGGCCCUAGCAAAAGCUGGGUCUCCCCCCCCCCCGUUGGGUUUUCCCCUCGCCGGCAAGGCCUCCCAGCCUCUCAAGAGGGCC